AUGGCCAGACAGGCGGUUGCUGCGGCGGCUGUGACCGUUACCAUUGUGUUGGUAUCUGACUACAGAAAGAUCUCUACUCUCCAACGUAGAGGCUAUGGUGCAAUGCUGGCGGCAGCUGAGAGCUCCCCACAGGACAAGCUCAAGGAGUAUCAAGCUCUCAACCCAACUUACGGUCGUUGCGCCAAGUCGGUUGACAUGCAGGCCUUCUCCGACGACAUCACCAAGUCGUGCGGGAACAUCCAUGAGCUCUCCACCUGCUCCUACGUGUGCGCUGGCAAGAUGCAGGACUGGACGAGGUCUAUGGGAUGCUGCUUCGAGACUGUCAUGCAAGCCUACCAGUAUGCGGAGCCCCAGGCCGAGCAGGCGUGGCGUCAGUGGCAGGGAACCCUCAGCGGGAAGUGUGGCAUCGUCUUCGAGGAUGAAGAUUGCGGUCAGUCGGUGGGCGAGCACGAGUUCAAUGCUCUGAACAGCAAAGUUGAUGCUAUCGAGGAUCAGGCGGAGAGGAACGAGGACGAGAUCUACAACAUCGCGUACAGCAUCUAUCCUCCCUACUACAACAACUACAACGACUACGGAAGCUACUACGGUUACAAGGGCAAGGCCUCGUCCCUUCAGUCGCCGCGCAAGGCGCUCCUGUCGGGCAACAACCUCGGCGACAACGUGAUGGACUUGCCGGCUACCAAGGCCGAAGAUCUCGGCGACGUCCAUCUUCCGUCUGAGAAUGUCGCGCCCUACAUGUACUCGAAGCACAAGCUUGACAAGAACAGAGCCUUGUUCCAGAACGCGCAGAGGAUGAAAGUUGCUUCAGGGUCCAAGCUGGCUAAUGCAUACGACGACUACCGCAACUACCAGAACAAGUUGCGCAUCGACGAGGCUUUCAGGAACUCGAUGCAGAACGACGGCCCCAAGAACUCUUUCUUCAACAGCUGGGGAGAGUCCUGGAAGAAGUCUCGAGGAAUUCAGAGUCUUGCUGCCCAGGGAGGCAAAGGGCAGGAGGCCAACGAGGAGGCUAAGGACGCCGAGGAGGAGGAGCAGACCCCGCUGGCGAUGGGCUACGUUGUCAACUCCAUUUCAGCAGCUUCGACUCCCUCCUACGGCUUCGGCAGAGCUGGUGAUGCAGGUGUUGACCCUAUCAACGGUCGCAGAGUCUUCGAGCUCGACCCCGAGUCGGAUGGCAAGAAGAACCGACUGACGCCUGAAGCUGCCGUGCGCCAGGCAAGGUUCAACGCCAACAAAGGAAACGCGCAAGUUGAGGAGGAGAAACAUCUCUUCGGCGGUACCUUCAACAGAAACUUCGACCGAGGUCAAGCGCCCAGGAAGGACGCGGGAACGGUCGCGUUAGAGAAGGCAGGAGUGAAUGUUUGA